AUGCUGGGGCGGAGGGCGCAGUGGCUGUGCUGGUGGUGGGGGCUGCUGUGCAGUUGCUGCGGGCCCCCGCCGCUGCGGCCGCCCCUGCCCGCCGCCGCCGCUGCUGCCGGCGGGGGGGCGCUGCUGGGGGACGGCGGGAGCCCGGGCCACGCGGAGCAGCCGCCGCCGCCGCCGCCGCCGCAGUCCUCCUCCUCCGGCUUCCUCUACCGGCGGCUCAAGACGCACGAGAAGCGCGAGAUGCAGAAGGAGAUCCUCUCGGUGCUGGGGCUCCCGCAUCGGCCCCGGCCCCUGCACGGCCUCCAGCAGCCGCAGCCCGCUGCGCUCCCGCAGCAGCAGCCUCGCGGGGAGCCCCCUCCCGGGCGGCUAAAAUCUGCGCCCCUCUUCAUGCUGGAUCUGUACAACGCCCUGGCCGCCGACGACGACGAGGACUGGGCGUCGGAUGAGGAGAGGCGGCAACACGGGCCCCGCGGAGCGGUCGGCUCGUCCCAGCCCCGGCAGCCGCCACCCGGCGGUGGCGCGUCCCCACUGACCAGCGCGCAGGACAGUGCCUUCCUCAACGACGCGGACAUGGUCAUGAGCUUUGUGAACCUGGUGGAGUACGAGAAGGAGUUCUCCCCUGGCCAGCGACACCACAAAGAGUUCAAGUUCAACUUAUCCCAGAUUCCUGAGGGUGAGGCGGUGACGGCUGCAGAAUUCCGAAUCUACAAGGACUGUGUUGUGGGGAGUUUUAAAAACCAAACUUUUCUUAUCAGCAUUUAUCAAGUCUUGCAGGAGCAUCAGCACAGAGACUCUGACCUAUUUUUGUUGGACACCCGCGUGGUGUGGGCCUCAGAAGAAGGCUGGUUGGAAUUUGACAUCACAGCCACUAGCAAUCUGUGGGUCGUGACCCCACAGCACAACAUGGGGCUUCAGCUGAGCGUGGUGACUCGGGAUGGACUCACCGUCAACCCUCGAGCGGCAGGCCUGGUGGGCAGAGACGGCCCUUAUGACAAGCAGCCUUUCAUGGUGGCCUUCUUCAAGGUCAGCGAGGUCCACGUGCGCACCACCAGGUCGGCCCCUGGGCGGCGCCGACAGCAGAACCGCAAUCGCUCCACCCAGUCCCAGGACGUGUCGCGGGGCUCCAGUGCUUCCGCAGAUUACAACAGCAGUGAGUUGAAAACGGCCUGCAGGAAGCAUGAGCUUUAUGUGAGCUUCCAAGACCUGGGCUGGCAGGACUGGAUCAUCGCACCCAAGGGCUACGCUGCCAACUACUGUGAUGGAGAAUGCUCCUUCCCACUCAACGCGCACAUGAACGCAACGAACCACGCAAUUGUGCAGACGCUGGUUCACCUUAUGAAUCCUGAGUAUGUCCCCAAACCCUGCUGCGCGCCAACAAAACUAAACGCCAUCUCAGUUCUUUACUUUGAUGACAACUCGAAUGUCAUCUUGAAAAAAUACAGGAAUAUGGUUGUCAGAGCUUGUGGGUGCCACUAACUCGAAACCAGUUGCUGGGGACACGGCCUUGGGUUCCCAGAUGACAUCUGCCUUAACAAACAUUCAGAAGCACGGCGAAGGGGGAGGCAAGCCUUUGAAGCCGCCCCGGGCUGGCUGGUGCCUUACCGCCCAAGGAAGAACUUGAAGGGCCUCGUUAAGAAUUUGCUCACACAGUAGAUAACGUGGGCAGUUGCUGGUCUGCAGGAAGCGGGGUUUGGAUGUCUGUAGUAUGAAGUCUGGGAACUACAGAAACGUAAC